AUGGCUGUCACCAUUGAAUCACUUCCCGGUAAAGUGUACGAGCACCUUGCCAAUGCCCUCGAGCCACGUGAUAUGGUGAUGCUGGCUUCAACUUCCAAGACGCUCUAUCGGUCAUUGUUCAACGAUCAGAUCUGGAAGACCAAAACAGCUCAUGACUUUGGCGAUCUAUUCAACAUUUAUAACCUGAUCACUGUCGGUGCCGGUUUAGAACUUGCGCCUGAUCUUGCACCCAAGUUUGGUCAAGAACCUAGCGAUUGGCGUGCCUACUAUAUCCAGAAACACGGCUCCAUUGAUGAUGCGGAUACGGAUGCGUUGGUGUCGCAAGCUGAAAAGGAAUACACAGAAGCACAAACAUACUUGAAGACCUUUCAAAAGGAUGGCAAUGUUGUGGUAUUGGGUCGAGUGGCAUCAAAGAUGAUUUGGAUUCUUGAUGUUUUCCCCACUCAUGCUGGAUGCUAUUAUGUCCUUGGCUUUAUUCUCUUUGUGUUGAAUCGAUUACAAGAUGCGCUUGUGCCUCUUCAAGUGGGUCGGCGAGUGGAUCCCAAUUUCGAACCCUUGGAAGAAUUGGAAGAGGAAAUCACGCGGAUAUUAAGUGGAUAUACCGGAAACCAUCAUGAAGCAUCUUUACUACAGAACGAUUCCUUAUCUCCGGAGCUGACGGAUGCAUUGUCAGAAAUAUUUGAUGCCUUCGACAAGGAUAAAGAUGGUGCUUUACGAGCAGAAGAGCUUGGGAAAUUCAUCUUGGAGACAAAUGGAUCUCGACCACCACCACAAUUCCUUCGACAAAUGGGACAACGUUUUGGUUGUAAUGGACGAGGAUGGCUCACAAAGGCUGGCUUCUUGGCUUUCUAUUUGGAACAAACUCUCGAUGACCCUUCAGAAACCCGUAACGAUCUUGCUGUUCAUGGCUAUGACCCACAUUCAUUGAAGAAGCGCAUGGAAGAAUAG